AUGGAUGAUGAGGAUAAAGGUUUUGAUAAUUUCUUAAGGAAAAUCAAAUUUGCUAUUUUCGAUGUAUUGGCAAUCUUAGAUCAAGGUGAAGAAGACAGUGAAAGUCUAUUGCUAUUUUAUCUACAGACUGCUGCUGAUUAUGUUUAGAUCCAUAGUUUUCCUUUCAAUCAGAAAAUUGAUUAUAUAUGGAAAGCUUCCUCUUUUUUAGAAAUUGUGUUUACUGCUUUUAAUAUUUUAAGUAUUGGCAAUUACUUACCAACAAUAAACUACCUCACAUUCAUACUGUCAGUAUAUUUUUUAUUACUUAUUAUAUUUUUGAUGGUUCUAGAUAUUAUAUAUGUAUCCUAUUCAUUUUCAAGAUAAAGAUUUAGAUGGAUGUGGCCUGUACAUGUAUUAAGAUCUGGAGUAUCUAUUGUAGUUACUCUAUUUUUUUUGCCUAUUACUGAGACCUUAAUAUCUUUAAUAACAUGUGAGACAAAUGAAAAUGGAGAAUAUGCUUUAGCUUAAUUCCCAACUGUAUUAUGUUGGUCUGGGUGGCAUAUUUUCCAUGCAAUAUUAGCUAGUCUUUUCAAUUUGAUUUUCACUAUUAUUUGUUCUAUUGUUGCUUAUGCUUUUUUUGAACCGAAAAUGAAAACUAAAAAUCGCACAUCCAGAUAAGAUAGUAAUGGGGAAGUAGUCUUUAUCUUAAAUAAAGUUAUUUGUUAGGUUUUAUAUUCUUUCUUAGGACCUUAAGAUAGCUGGAUACUGAUAAUAGUAACAUUUCUAUUAUCUCUAUGGCUUUUCAAAGUUUAUAAUAUUGAUGAUCCUUAUUAUGAUUGGGAAGUAGGAUUAUUUUACAAUGUAAUUUCAACUUAUUAUUUAUGGACUAAUUCUUGGUUAUUGAUUUGUAAGAUUUUGGAAAAUACAUCAUUUAAAGGUGGUUUGGUAGCAUGGUUAUUGGGAAUUCCAUUUAUUGUUUCUAUUAUGGCAUCAUCUAGAAAAUCAAAAAUUGAUAUGCUUAUAAGAUAAUCUAAUAAGUUCAAAUCAGGAGAAGAAAUAAAUAGUCAUAUUCGAUAUGUUUUAUAAUUGAUAUAAAAUUAAGAGAAGGAUAAGAAUUCUUAUAUGUUAUUGGUUGGAUAUAUUGAAAAACAUAAGGAAACAUGUAAUCCUGAUGAAUGUUAAUUAAAAGAGAAAAACAAUAAAAAAAUAUAAUAGAAUAAUUUUGAAGCUAUAAUAUCUGGUCUUUUAGCAGAAUUAGAUAAAUUAUUUUAAUAGGGUUUAGAGAAAUUUCCAUAAUCAACUUAAUUGAGAAUUUCUUAUGCUUUCUUUUUGAUUGAGAGAUUGAAUAAUAAAAAGAAGGCUCAUUAAUAAUUUUUAGAAGCUUAAAAAUUUGGAAGACCUGCUUUUGAUUAAGAAUUUAUUAUUUAUAAAAAUAGUAAAGCAAUGAAUAGUAAUUAAGAAAAGAAAGAAUAAAAUAAUGAUGUUAUAAGUAUGAUAGAAUUUGAAAAUAAUAUGACUAUUUGUGAAGACAUGAUGAAAUUAUCUGCAAAUUUACAUAAAGAAUUUUGGAUAGAAUUAAAAGAGGAUUAACCUGAUUUAAGAAAAUUAAAUGUUUUAGGAUAAAGAAUUAAUAAAACUACUAAUAUGAUCAAUGAAAGUUAUGUAAAAAUGUAAAAAAUAAAUCCAAAUAUAUUUUAAACAAUAAGAGUUUAUGGUUUAUUUUUAAUAUUUGUAACAAAUGAUAAAUUAAAAGGAAGAUAAUUUCUUAGAUUAGCAAAAUAAGUUUAAUAAUCAUUAGCUUAAGUAGAAGAUGAAGAAUCAUUCUCUUUAGAAAAUAAUUUGAAACCUGCAAUUAGUGUUAGUAUGAUUAAACAUGGUGUAAUAGUUGGAAUGAAUCAAUUAGUUGUAAAUCAUCUUGGAUAUUCAAAAUAAGAAUUAAUAGGAAAAUCUAUUAAUUAAUUAAUGCCAAAAAUGUAUGGAGAACAACAUAAUGCUUAUCUUUAAUAAUAUUUAGAAAAUGUUAAAAAUAAUCAUAUUGAAAGUGAUUACAUAAAUUUUGAAUAAAGUAAUUAUUUUAAACAUAAAAAUGGAUACAUUGCUCCUAUGAAAUAUAAAGUGAUGUUAAAUCUAGAAUAUUUAUAAUAUUUUGUGACUUUUGAAUCUAAUUUAGAAUAAUAGAAUCUUGUUCAUUUCAUUAUUGAUGAAGAUACAAAGAUUUAUGAAUUAUCAACUGGUGCUAUCAAUAUUUUUGGACUAGAUAAUAAAGCUGUAUUGAAUAGAGAUAUCAAAUUAAAUGAUUUGAUUCCUGAUAUAAUGCAUAAAGAUAAAUAUGAUAUUCAUUUUAGAUCUAACAUAAAAAACGAAGAAAGUAUCUAAUUUUAUUAUUUUAGGAUUACAUUAUUUGAGAUGCUCAAUUAAAUAUAUAUAAAUAAGAAUAGCUACUGAUGUUGAUGAAAAUCAAUAACAAUAAUAAUAAUUUUACUAAAUUACUUUUUAAAAUAUUGAUAAAACAGAAGCUAUGUAAUCUAAUAAAAAGAGUAUCAAUCGUUAAAGUAUAGAUAUUCUUAAAUUAAAUCCAACAUUUUAAAUAUAUUCUGCUCAUUAGAGUUCUUCAUUUAUGUAUGCAACUCAAACUAAUUAAUAAAAUUUAGAUACUAAUUUAGUAUAUUAAAUGAUGGCCAAUUUCUAAUAAGGACCUAGACCAGAAGAAAUAGAAUAAAUUAAUAAUUAUUAGAAUAGAGAAGAAAAAUAAAUAAUCACUAUUGAAUAAACUAUUGGUGUUGAUGAUGUUAUUAAAACUAGAAGAUUAAUCAAUGGACAAAUUGUGCCUAUUGAUGAAGAAUUUGAAGAAUAAAUAUUAAAGGAAUUAGAAGAAUAAGAAUAAGAUGAUUCAAUCUUUAAAAAUAGAAAUGAUUUCUAAAUUAAUAAUAGAGAAUACAAGAAUUUCUCAAAACAAAAAUAAUAAUCAACUAUUGUCAAUGCUUUAAAUACUAAUCAUAAACAUAAAUAAAUCACAAAACUUAAAUAGUAUACUCUUUUUUAUCUUAUUUUUUUUAUGGCAUUUGCUAUUUAUUAAUUUAGUGAUAAAUAAAAUUUUUAUGAAUUUCAAAAUGAAUCAUUAACUACUAUGAAUUAUUGCUAUUAAAUUAAUUUUGAAUUACUUAGAUUAUUUACAAGAUCAAUUGAUCAUAUUUUAGUCUUAAAGAAUUUUACAUAAUAUAAAUCUGAAGAUAUAAAUUAAGAUAUAAAUAAAACAAUAAUCAACUUGAAUGAUAUUACUUUAAAAUCAGUUAAAUAUGAUAUCUUUAAUGAUUUAUUAAUGAAAGAUGAAAUUGAUUUUAUCACUAUCUAAAAUGAUUGGGUUUCUAUAUCUAGAAAAACAAGAUUUGAUUAAGCUAUUAUUCUUAUGGAAACAUAUGCAUUCAAAUGGAUCUCUAAAAAUUCAGCUACAUUAAAUGAUAUAGAAAUAGUUAAUAUUCUAACAAAUUUUCAUCCCACAAUGACUUAAAAAUUAGUUUAAAUUAAUACUUUCCUUUAUGAACAUGGAUAUGAAAAAGUUAAAGGAUUGUAAACAUCUUAAAUUAUCUAAAUAAUUUUAACUUUAAUAAUAAGCACAUUCAUUAUUAUCAGAGUAAUAAUGUUUAUGAUUUAAGUUAAAUAGCAAAGAGAAAACAUUAUGUUUUUAUUUUUAGCUAUACCAGAUGAACAUUUAAGUAAUUUUUAAAAAAAUUGUGAAUAAUUCUUAAAAUAGUUUGUAAGUAUAAAAGAAUUGAUUGCAUAAACAUAUGAUUUAGAGGCUUCCUCUGAUGAAGAAUAAGAAAUAGAAAUAAAUACCUAAGUCUAAGAAAUCAAAAAAUAAUAAGAAGAUGAUUUUGUAAAUGAACAAAAUAGAAAACAAGCUUAAAAAUAUAAAAAAGUGCUUCAGAAAUAUUAAAGUAAUAUCUUGAAAGGCCAACUUAAUCUAGUCUUAAGUGUUAUUUUAAUAGGAUGGAUUAUUUUAGGAAAUACUCUCUUUUAAUUUUUUGAUUUGCUAAAUUAACAAUCAUUUCUAAAAUUAAUAUGGCCUUAAAAUUAUCUGUAUUAAUAAUUCACAAUGAAUUAUAUUGAUCAUUUAAAUAUAUAUAAUCUUAUGCUUUUGAAUAGUAGUAUAUCAGCAAAUGGAGAAAGCAUAAAAGUAACAGCAAAUAAACAUCUGAGUGUUUUCAAAAAUAAUUAAGAGAAUCUUAGGGAAUUUAGUGUUUAAGUAUUUGAUCAAUUUGAAGAAUUUACUUAAUUAUAUAAUACCAUCUAAUAUUUUAUGAUUUGUGAUCCAAUCAAAGAUCUCAUAGGAGAAGAAGAAUAUAAUAAAUGUGCUACAUAUAUAAAUACAACAAAUUUACUUGGUAUCAUUGCUAUUGAAUAAUAUAUGUAUCAAUUCUUUGAAAGAAGACAACGACCAUAUCUUAACUUAACAGAAGAUUUUCUAGAUUCUCCUCAAUUGAAUGAAUCACUAUUAUUCGAAAUCAACUAUUGUCUAUUUAAUUAUAUUGGUUAUGCAAUUGAUUACAUGAUUAAAUAAGAAAAUAUUAUGGUUGAAAAUUAUUUUCAAUCAUCAGUUAACUUAUCAUUAUUAUUGACCAUCAUCUAUGUUAUUGUCAUGUUUUUCUUUUAUAUUCUUGUUGCUUUACGCUAUUUCAACCAGAUCAAUAAAGAAGUAAUAAUUCAAUUAAUAUUUAUAGACAAAUUAAACCAUAUAGAUGUUAAAUAUGAUUCCUAUUGAAGUAAUAAAAUAAAAUAAAAAUCUUAGAGAAUUUGUAAUUGGAUUAAUUAAAAUGAUGGAUAAACAAUAAUAUAAAUGA